CAGAAAUGGAAUGGAGACCAAAAAAUCAUUAGAAAAAAAAAAAAAAAUCACUCUAAGCGAACAAGAAUAGGAAAAAUGGCUGUUCCUAGUAGACUCAUUGAAUGCUGAACCAGAUUCAGAUCAGACUCCAUUAAAGCCACCUCUUUAUUUCCCAGCAUGAGAGUGCUUAUAAGAAGGGUACCAUCCUGCAUGCCCAGCAAGUGUUUGAUGAAUUGUCUGACUCGAAAUUGAGAUUCAUCUUUUUAAAUUCUUGCUUCUUUUUCUGAUUUUGGGUGUUGGGGUGGAGAAAAUGAGCUACUCUGGCAUUGGUGUUAGCCCUGGGAAUGUCCCUGUGUAUCACGGCUCCAAUUUGAAGGUCUUUGAUAAAAGGGUGAGGGUGGUUGAAUUGGUGUUGAGGUUUGUGAUAUGUGGCCUUGGAGUUCUUGCUGCUGUUCUUGUGGGGACUGAUACUGAAGUUAAAAGUAUCUUUGCCAUUCGAAAGAGGGCAAAAUUCACAGACAUGAAAGCUCUUGUGUUUUUGGUGGUAGCAAAUUCAGUAGCAGCAGCUUACUCUUUGGUCCAAGGAUUGCGAUGUGUGGUGAGCAUGGUGAAGGGAAAAGUGCUCUUCAGCAAGCCUUUAGCUUGGAUCAUUUUCUCUGGCGAUCAGAUUAUGGCAUAUGUCACAGUGGCAGCAGUGGCAUCGGCCGCCCAGUCAGCAGUUUUUGGGAAGCUGGGGCAGCCGGAGUUGCAGUGGAUGAAGAUAUGCGAUCUGUACAAGAAGUUCUGCAACCAAGUUGGGGAGGGACUUGCAAGCGCGGUGGUGGCGAGCUUGAGCAUGGUGGUUUUAUCUUGCAUUUCAGCUUUCAGUCUCUUCCGCCUUUACAAUGGAGGCAAGAACAAGAGCAACUCAAGAUGGUAAGCCUUUUGGGUUCAUCAGUAACAUUCAAACCUCCAUAGCCUGAUCGCCAUUCUGAGCUUCGGUGCGGAAAUGUUGGGCUUCUCUGUGAUUCUGGUUAAAGAAAUGUAUGUUUAAAGUGUUCAAUUCUCACGAAAAACUAUGGUACAUCCUUCAGUAAUAAAUUUAUAAGUUGAGGAAUAAA